AUGCCUCUGGGAUUCACGGACUACUACAGGGCAAUCUCCGUUCACGAUACGGUCCAGGUAUCCUUUGAUUCUCUCAACACGACAAUGACAAUAUCUCCGAACGACCCUUUGCUUGGCUCAACAGUUGCGCAAAGCAAUCUAUGCCGCAUCAAUGCGGUUUCGUUGAAUGACUGCAAGGGGCAGAUUUGGGACAUCACGAUUUCUGACGGAGUCCUGCGUCGAGUUGUUGCGACAUCCCUGCUGGCUCAAGUAGAUUUGCUGUACCCCCUUCAGCCAGCUGGCUCUUUGGGAGAGACCUACAGAGUCAGAACAAAAGCAGCAGAUGUUACACCACCAGUCAUGACGAUGGUCAGCGCUCACGGUAUUUCAGAGUCCACAGUUCGAGUCACGCUCCGUCUUGAUGAAAGCGGUACUUCCUUCUGUCAAGCAUUCGCGGAUGGCGGCAGUGGGCAGAAGCUUGCUGUGACGUUGUCGGAGAUCGGAGCGUCAUUUUCUGGCAUUGCAGUGCUGAGCUCGACGCUUGGUUACGCCGAGAUGGAAGUUGACGUUUCGGGCCUUUCCGCCAAGACAUACUACAGUGUCUUCUGCUACGCGCAGGACACCGAGCAGCCCAUUGUCAACGUGGUUACCAUGGGAGCAGCAGUGGCCACACGACAGAGAGUGCGCACGCUGGACACCACUGCGCCAACGACACUAAACUGCUCCGCGGAGGCCGCGCCUGGAAAGGAGGAUGCGAUUGACGUGUCUGUCAUUUUGGGCGAGCCUGGAACAGCAUUCUGCGCGGUAGUCCGUUCUGGACUCCCCGUGCCGAGCCGCUUUAUGGUGGUGGCAGCAGGCUUCCAAUCCAACACUUCCUUCUAUGAGCCGUAUGAAGCUGCCAUCCUCGUGAAUAUGGCUUCAGCAGGCUACGGGCCUACCGGAUUGGCAUCACUGUCCAGAGGAACUGGCUAUGAUGUCUUUUGUUGGGCGCAAGAUGACGAAGGAACAGGGCAGGAUGCCGCCAUCCAAUGUGGGCCUCAAGGACUUCCUGGGGCAGUGCGGACGUUGGAUUUGACUCCACCCCAGAUGUACAUCACGGAUGCUGAGGCAAUUGCGAAGGACACUCUGCGUGUGACCUUACGAGUUGACGAGGGUAGCAAGAUCUGGUGCGCAGCUUGGACAGAAGAGCCGGAUGGUAUCUCGGUGGACUUUGAAGUGCUCAUCAAGUCAAAGUCUGCAAACUGCACAGAUUCCUUUGGGAACGAGUGCGGUAGCUUUUGGGUGUACGACCUGGAUGACUUGGAGGACUCGACAGACGACGGAGUCUUUACUCAGGCUGACUUUGAUUCGAGCAACUGGAAGUAUCAUCAAGAUGUGUCCAUUCUGCUGACCAAUCUCCAGGAAGCUACAGAGUACAGUCACAUCUACUGUUUCGCCCAAGACGACGAAGAUGAUGGACUUGGCAACCAACCGAACAAGAUGACUUUCAAUACUUCAGCGGCGACUAGUCAGGUGAGCCUCAUUCGGGAUGCAAUCGGAAGUGUGACAACUCUGGAUGAGACACCCCCCACGUUCACCCUCCUUGAGAUUCAGGACCCUACAGCUCUCAAUGACCGCAUCCAGGUGACCUUCACAUUGAACGAACCUGGAACUGGAUAUUGUCGAGCAAUACGAGCUGAUUCUGGGGAAGAUGCUGAUAUGCUCGUGAAUCGAAUUCUCAGCGCGAACUGGGAGGCUAUAUAUGAUGGAAAUGGUACACAGACAAUCACGAUGACAAAGUUGGACAAUGUUACUCCCAGCUUGACCAAUCGUGAUGACCAAGACAUCUAUUUUCAGGAGGCAACGCUCUACAAUAUUUACUGCUGGGCAAAAGACUCGGCUGUGGACACCAAAGGCUACGCGCGGCCCAACUUCAUGGAGCAGGACUAUGUGUUUGCAGAAGUUGUCUCCUCCGGCUCUCCCAGCGGCGGGCGCACAUCCAAUGUUUGGGUGAGAGACACCACUCCGCCGCAAAUGAUCUUUGUGGAUGCUGAAAGCUUGGAAGCCUCCGCCAUCCAGGUGACACUCCAACUUAACGAGCCUGGAACAGUGUGGUGUCAGAUCUUGAGUCUAGACUCGAAUGCCUCGAUUUGCGAUGUUAGGAGCCUGCAGGAGAAUGCUACUGCCAGCUGCUACUACGCGGACUACAUCAAAGGAUCUGGGGCCGCAGUUUUCAGCUCAAAUGUUCCCGCUGCCUAUCGUAAUGUGCACAUCAAGCUCGAUCGCUGGCUGGAAAGCGAUCUGGUUACUUCCACACCACUGACCAGGGAGACUCAGUACCAGGUCCUUUGCUUUGCUGAGGAUGAUUGGGAUGUAGAGGCAUUGAGCUUGCCAGCACUACAAAGAUCGCCUCAAUUUCAAGCUCCUGGAAGUCCAAACAAGGUGUCAUUGGCUGCCGUGUACACGCUACGACAAGCCAUUGGUACCAAAACCACAUUGGACGAAACGCCACCUGCGUUCACGCAGCUCCAGAUUGAAGAUCCGACGAUGGCCAACGACCACAUUGUAAUUUCCUUUGCUCUGAACGAGCCUGGUACAGCCUACUGCCGAGCAACGAGAUCUGACUCGGGUGAGACUGCAGCAGAUAUGCAAAUCGUGCGCAUUAUGAGUGCAGCCUGGGCAGGUGAACACAAUGGCAGUGCUACUCCGUCCACCAUUACCAUGUUGAAGUUGGAAAACAAUGACCUGAGCAAUGGCAAUGCUGGUUUGGUCGAGGCACAGCAGUACGAUGUCUACUGCAUGGCGCAGGACGAUGCCACGGACGAUGGUGGUUUGCCUCGGCCCAACCUGAUGGCCCCGAGCUACAUCGCGGCGGAUGUGCUUCAACCCUUAUCACCGCAAGGUGGUCGCACUGCAGGAGUGUGGGUUGCUGACACCUCGCCGCCGACAAUGAGUUUUGUUCGUGCAGAGGCGAUUGGACAGGAAACUCUCCAAGUGACCUUGCAGCUGGAUGAGCCGGGGACAAUUUGGUGUCAAGCAGCGGAUUUGGCCACGGUGCUUGAUCUUUCUCACUGCCGACAGAGCGAUAUUCAGGAGACCUUCCCCAAUGCAAGCUGCUUCUUCGAGGAUUUUGUGAAGGGUGAUAACGACACAUUGUUCUACUCGCCUGUGCAUGAGGCAUUCAGAGAUGUGAGCAUUGAUAUCAGCCGUAUUCGGACGAGAAAUGCUUCGAGCAGCAUUCCUCUUGCCCACGAAACCAGCUACAACAUCUUUUGCUUUGCAGAAGAUGACUGGCCUGCGCAGGUUGCAAGUGCUAGCAAUUCGGUGAACAUCAUCUUUCCGACCACACCGAACAAAGUGGACCUAGCUGCCGGCCUUGCGUUGCAGUCUGAGAUUGGCAACCUGACGACUCUGGAUAAGGCUGCUCCGACUUUCACACUGCUGCAGAUCAAGGAUCCGACAGCCGCCAAUGAUCGCAUCAUCGUGACGUUUGCUCUCAACGAGCCGGGGGUUGCUUAUUGCCGAGCUACACGAAGUGAUUCCGGUGAACAAGGCCCCGACAUGCACAUCAAUCGCAUCCUCAGCGCUGCCUGGUCGUCCUCAUUUUCUCAAGGAAAUGCCACCAUUGAAAUGACGCAGCUAGAGAAUCGGAGCCUCGACAUCCUGGACAAUGCCCAACUCGUGGAGGCAACGCAGUACGACAUCUACUGCUGGGCAGAGGAUGACGCUGUUGAUGGCGUUGGGUAUGCAGCACCCAACUACAUGACCCAGGACUACGCAACGCAAGGAGUUGGCUCAGUCACAAAUCCUUCCGGUGGCGCCACAUUCGGAGUGUGGCUUCGAGAUUUGACUCCGCCGACCAUGGUUUUUGUGCGUUCUGAAGCUGUUGCACGCGAAAGCCCCACGUUGCAGGUUACGCUUCAGCUCUCUGAGCCGGGAACGGUUUGGUGUCAAGCAGCGGAGCCGAGCUCGCUUUCGCCGGACCACUGCUCCACUUGGGAGGUCGCAGAGACGGUCCCUGGAAAUCCUUGCUACUUCGAGUCAUUCAUCAAGGGCAACGCAAGUGAUGGCUCGGAGUUUGCGGCGCAUGUGGCAGAAGCAUAUCGCAAUGUGCAAGUUGAAGUGAGCGCUCUGCAGCUGAAGGGAGCUGGAAGCCAGCCACUGGAGACUGAGCAUGCGUACAACAUAUUCUGCUUUGCUGAAGAUGACUGGGUGAGUCAGGCAGACGGGUCAGCAACACAUUCCAUAAGCUUUGUCUCACCAGCUGCGCCUUUGAAGACCUCCCUCAACGAUACCGUGGCUCUGAAAGACACUGUGGGUCUGGUGGUCACACUGGAUGAGACUCCGCCGACAUUCACGAAGCUCCUGAUUCCUGACCCCACAGAACACAAUGACAGAAUCAACAUUACCCUGUCACUGAACGAACCCGGUACAGCCUAUUGCCGUGCUACACGAUCUGACUCUGGUGAAUCAGCUGCUGACAUGACGAUCAACCGAAUCAUUGCAGCAGGUUGGUCAGCAGCGUACAGUGGCAGUGACGUGACCAUCGAAAUGACCAAGAUAGAGAACAUAGAUCCAAGCCAGACUGCGAGGGAUGAUGUGGACGUUUAUUUCGAGGAGCAAACUCAGUAUGAUGUGUAUUGCUGGGCGCAAGACAGCGCCGUUGACAGCAAUGGGCUUGCACGGCCCAACUACAUGUCGCAUGAGUAUGUGUCCGCAGAGGUGAAUUCCAGCUCAAGUCCAUCAGGUGGCAGCACUCUGAACAUUUGGGUUGUGGACUCCACACCUCCCACUAUGACCUUUGUUCGGGCUGAUGCUUUGGCUAGCGCCACUCUGCAAGUCACUCUGCAGCUCAAUGAACCAGGAACAGUCUGGUGCCAGGCGGUUGAAGUGUCAGCCUCGACGGACAUUGCCAAUUGCAAGGAGCAAGACAUGCAGGAUGCUCUUCCCGCUGGAGACUGCUUUUUUGAGACCUUUGUGACCGGCACUGGACCACUUUCGCCUCCUGAUGCUGUAUUUCAAGCUCAGGUUCACGAGGCAUUCCGCAACGUAGACUUGGACAUCAAUCGCAUCGUCAACAAAGGGGCAAGCUCGAGCAGCCCCCUUCUGUCGGAGUAUCCCUACACCAUAUUUUGUUUCGCGCAGGAUGACUGGAAGAUUCAGGCUGAUGCGUCCGCUUACCUGCCAAACUACCUUUCACCUUCAGGACCCAACAAGGUGAACUUGACGGAUGCGCAGCAAUUGCAAAGCGCAAUCGGAGUGCUGUAUACUCUGGAUGAGGCGCCUCCAUCCUUCACAUCCUUGGCUGUCACAGAUCCAACGGCAACAAACGACCGCAUCGUGGUGACCUUUAGCUUGAACGAGGCUGGAACGGCCUACUGUCGACCUACACGGCACGACUCGGGAGAAACUGAGCAGGACCUCACCAUCAAUCGGAUCUUGAGUGCCGGUUGGUCUGCUGUGUACGAUGGAAAUGUCACCGAACAGAAUUUGGAGAUUUGGGCUAUUGAGAAUGCACCUGCGGAUUUGAUGGAUCCACUCGUGGAGGCACAGCAGUAUGAUUUGUACUGCUGGGCGAAAGACUCUGCGGUGGAUUUUGGUGGCUAUGCCAGACCGAAUUACAUGUUGCACAGCUAUGCAACUACGCUGGUCGGCAGUGGACCUUCUCCCGCUGGUGGCAAGAUUGAAGGAAUUUGGAUCACAGAUAGCACUCCGCCAUCGAUCUUCUUCGUGAGAGCAGCAGGGGUGAAGACUGAGGACACAUUGCAAAUCACACUGCAACUGUCAGAGCCUGGCACAGUGUGGUGUCAAGCGUCUGAGCCGAUCAACCGCUCUGGGACCACGUACUGCCGCGAGGAUGAGAUUCACGAGUCCGAUCCCUCGAGCGCCUGCUACUGGGAAACCUUCGUCAAGGGGUCCACCGUGCAGGGCACCAGCUUCAGCGCGCUCGUCCACGAGGCCUUCACCUAUGUCCAGGUGGAGGUCAACCGCAUUUGGAGGAAGACCAUGACCGCUGGCGAUCCCCUCCUUCCGGAGACGGACUACAAGAUCUUCUGUUUUGCAGAAGAUGACUGGCCUUCACAAGCGCAGACAAAUUCAAACUCAGUCUAUUUCAACUCCUCCAGCCUCAUGCCGCAGACAACAAACUUGGCUGCGGGGAAUGCCUUUAAGGAAGCUGUGGGCUUGCAGACCACCCUGGACCUGAGUCCUCCAAGCAUCUCAGUAUCAAACCCUGCGUCCUUGGAACACCAAAUCACCGUCAGUGUGAAUCUCUCGGAAGCUGGUACGGCUUGGUGCCGCCCUGUGCGGCAAGACUUUGCCAUGCCUAGCCUUUUGGAAAUCCUGGCUGCCAACUUCAUCGCAGAGAUGCUGGUGGAGCCAUUCAUGGCCACUGUGACAAUGACAGGGGAGGACGCAACAGUGCCCUUGGUUCGCGGUACAAACUAUCAGGUCUACUGUUACGCUGAAGAUGACUUGUGCGACGGCUGCCACAGCCCUUCGGGCAUUGACUCUGCAUCGAUUGCCGCUACUCGAACAGACAUCCGUACUCUGGACACCACCCCUCCCGGUCUCAGAGUUGUGGAUGUGCGCUCCAUCGCCAAAGACACGAUUCAAGUUUCUAUUCAGGCAGACGAAGGUGUGCGCCUGUGGUGUGCUGCAUGGCCAUCUGGCGAAAGCCCGGUGAACGAGACAGAUUUCGAGUCGACCAUCAAAAGCGCGGCAUCCUCAAGCUGUACGGAUUCCUGGGGUCGAGCCUGUGGAAGCUUUUGGAUAUACGACUCGGAUGAUGUGGAGGACACCAGCUUGGACGGGUUGUCCAGCCUGACGGAAUACAGGCAUUUCCAGACCUGGAGGAAGGAUGAGGAUGUGACUAUCAUGCUGGGUGGCCUCAUUGAGGCAACCGAAUACCACGUGUACUGCUUUGCUGAAGACGACGAGCCGGACGGUCAAGGUUCUGAACCCAACAAGAUGAGCUUUGCCACUGGUCCCGCUUCCACGGUGGCUUCCAUUCAAGCUGCGCUUGGAAAUGUGACGACCCUGGAUGAGACUCCGCCCGAGUUCACGCAACUCGCAAUUCAAGAUCCAACGGCUUUCAAUGACCGCAUCCAAGUUACGUUUGCGCUGAAUGAGCCGGGCACGGCAUUCUGCAGAGCUACGCGUUCAGAUUCGGGUGAAACUGGUCAGGAUAUGUACAUAGGUUGGAUUCAGACAGCAGGCUGGUCAGCCGAGCAUGAUGGAUCGUCUGUGACUUCCAGCAUCAACAUCACCAAGCUGGAGAACUUAAAUCCACUGGAGACAAAUCGCGAUGAUUCGGAUGUUCCUAUUCAGGAGGCCCAGCAAUACGAUGUGUACUGCUGGGCCAUGGACAAUGCCGUGGACACCGCUGGAAUGCCUCGACCCAACUUCAUGCCGCAGCGCUACGUCCUUGCGGAGGUGAACUCUACAAUCUCACCAACCGGAGGUUACACCAAGGGAGUUUGGGUGGUGGAUACCUCACCUCCUGGCAUGAUCUUUGUCACCUCGGAGGCCACAUCUUCAACAAGCCUGCAAGUCACACUUCAGCUCGACGAGCCGGGGACGGUUUGGUGUCAACCUGGCGAUCUUUCUGGCCUUGCAACUCACUGCCAGACCUCAGACGUACAAAAUGUGUCUGCCAGUGAUGACUGCUACUGGCUCAACUUCAUUCAGGGCAAUGGCUUCCGCGCCGAUGCACAUGAAGCCUUUGUGGACGUCUCCAUCAACAUGAACUUGCUUUAUCCCAUUGGGGCGAAUGCAGCAGUUCCCUUGACAGCUGAGUCCGAGUAUGAGAUCUUUUGCUAUGCCGAAGACGAUUGGGUGACACAGGCGAACAGCGCUGCAGCAUCUGUGAACUUUGUUCCGGUUACGACUCCAAACAGUGUCAGCUUUGCUGCCGCCAACGACAUGAGGAGCUCAAUUGGCAUCCAAACCACUCUGGAUGCCUCGCCGCCGAUCUUUACGAAGUUGGCAGUGCAAGAUCCAACCGCAGAAAGCGACAGGAUAUCUGUGACCUUCUCACUGAACGAGCCUGGCACCGUCUACUGUCGCGCAACUAGAUCUGACUCUGGAGAGAGCGGAAGUGACAUGACCAUCAAUCGCAUUGUCAGUGCGGGUUGGUCAGCAGCCCACAAUGGAAGCGCCGAGCCGAGCAAUCUGACCAUGACAAGCAUGGAGAGGGCACUGGGCAGCAUCCAGAAUUUCGACGAAGGGACGCAAUACGACGUGUACUGCGCGGCAAAGGACAGUGCUGUUGACAGCCGCGGCUUGGCCCGGCCCAACUGGAUGCCAUGGAGCUACGUACAAACUGCUGUGGGCUCUCCGGAUUCUCCAGCUGGUGGAUUCACCACAAGUGUAUGGGUUGUCGACACUACUCCGCCUUCGCUAAUUCUGGUCGAUGCUUUCGCCACCAGCUCCUCCUCUCUUCAAAUUCGAUUGCAACUGGAUGAGCCGGGGACCGUGUGGUGUGCUCCUCUAACCGUUGACAAUGCCACGUUUUGCACGCUUGACGACAUGUCCGACAUCACUGGCAGCCUCUGCCACUUUGAGCUCUUCGUCAAAGGGCAGCAACAUUUGCAGGCCUCCUCCUUUGUGGAGGUCUCGGAGCCACACAGAAACGUCGAUAUGAAGGUGAAUCGCAUAUCGACCCGCGACGAAACGGACAACUACGAGUUGGAGUCCGAACAUCGAUACAGGAUCUUCUGCUUUGCAGAAGAUGAUUGGCCACUGCAGGCCGCUGCUGCGACGAAUUCUCCAAACUUUGUGGCGCCCGUUGACCCUUUGAAGAUUUCCUUUGCAGAUGCCUUGGCGUUUGCCAACUUGAUAGGAUCUCUCUACACGCUUGAUGAGUCACCACCUAUUUUCACAAGUUUGCAUGUACAAGAUCCAACCAUGGCCAAUGAUCGUAUUGCCGUGACAUUUAGCCUAAAUGAGCCUGGGACAGCUUAUUGCCGCGCCACCCGGUCCGACUCUGGCGAGACCAGCUUAGACAUGACAAUCAAUCGAAUCCUAACAGCGAACUGGAUGGCACAGAAUGAUGGCGUGAAUUCAUCCACAAUCGUGAUUACCCAGCUUGAGAACGUGGACCCGCUGCUUACCAAUCGGGAUGAUGAAGUGGACCUGAUAUCGGAGGCAACGCAGUAUGAUGUGUACUGCUGGGCUCAAGAUGCGGCUGUGGACACCUAUGGCUAUCCCAGGUCGAACUAUAUGACCAUUGAUUACGUACGGGCGGAUGUGCAUUUGGCUGAUGCACCACAGGGUGGCCGCAGCCCAGGCGUGUGGGUCACGGAUACUACACCGCCCACAAUGAUCUUUGUCAGGGCCGAAGGAAUCUCCGGGGAUACUGUUCAAGUGACGCUGCAGCUUGACGAACCUGGAACUGUGUGGUGUGCGGCUGUGACCACAGACUCAGACCCUACCUACUGCCUUCAUGGUGAAAUGCCAGCCGGAAGCUUCUCAACUGGAGGGUCCUGCCCAUACGAGACAAUGGUGAAGGGGGAAGCUCUCAACACCAGCUUUGUUGCAGAGGUUCAUCAGGCUCACACUUCAGUGCAGGUGGAUGUCAACAAGAUCCUGCGCAAAGACCUGUUUGCUGCCGACUCGCUCAUCCCCGAGACGAGUUACUAUGUAUACUGCUUCGCCGAAGAUGACUGGCCUGCAAACGCCGCUGGUGCGUUAGUGCACUCACAAUCAUAUGGCCCUGAUCCGCAACAACCCAACAAAGUGUCGCUGGAGGAUGUCUUGAACUUCAGCAAUAUGGAAAUGCUUCCGACCACUUUGGAUGUGGCUCCUCCGAGCUUCACGAUCCUGGAAAUCCAGGACCCUACAUCACUCAACUCCCGCAUUGAGGUGACCUUUGCAUUGAAUGAGGCUGGCACUGCAUACUGCCGACCGGUGCGCAGAGACAGCGCAGAGGCCGCAGCACCACUGGAAAUCAACCACAUCAUCAGUGCUGGUUGGUCUGGUAUCCACAAUCCGCAGCUGGCUGCGAACGGCACCAUCACCAUCAAUGGGGUGCAGCAGUCGCCGCUCCAGGAGCUUGAUGAGGCAAAGCAGUAUGACGUGUACUGCUGGGCAAAGGAUGAAGCCAAGAACAACUUUGGGUAUGCCCGACCACAAUACAUGUCGCAGCAGUAUGUGGGCACUGACAUUGGCAACACAACAGCUCCUGUCGGGGGCAAGACCAGCCAGGUGUGGGUUGUGGACACCACGGCGCCUACGAUGCUGUUCGUCGCCUGGGACGCCCUUGACGAGCACACGCUGCAAGUGACGCUGCAGCUGAGCGAGCCAGGAACCGUAUGGUGUCAAGCCGCCUCGAACAGCUGCCAGCUGCAAGAUGCUGAUCCUUCAGCGGACUGCUACUUCGAGAGCUACAUCAAGAAUGCCACUACGGAGUUCCGCAAGGAGGUGCACCAAGCUUUCAGAGAUGUGGAAGUGGAGGUGAACAAGAUUCCUUUGCUGGGCGACGCGGCGGCUUGGGAGGAGCUUGCACCAAAGACAGGUUACAAUAUUCUGUGCUUCACGCAAGAUGACUGGACCCAGGAGGCCGCAAGCGGAUCCCCGAAUUUUGUGGCUCCGCACAUGGAUAACAAGGUCAGCCUGAGCGAAGUGCUUGCCUUCAAAGACGUGAUCGGAAUAGCGACCACGCUUGAUCUCACGCCGCCCAACCUGACGAUCCACGGAGCAACUGCUUCUGAGGAGCUGAUCGCCUUGUCUUUUUCCCUGGACGAAGCAGGAACAGUUUGGUGUCGUGCUCUUCGGAAGGGAGCUGUUGUGCCACAUGCAGCCGAAAUAUUGGAGACUGGCUUUUAUGCAGAAGCUGGUGCUGACGUUGCGGGCCAGGUGAAUAUCACUGCUGAAAGCCCGCAUGGCAAUGGAUUGGCUCGUGGCACAGACUACGAGGUUUACUGCUACGCGCAAGACGUCUUAUGUCUUGGCUGCACUGCUCCUUCAGGAUCCACCGCUCAGGCCAUUCUGGAGUCACGGACGUUUAUUCGCACCGCAGAUGCCACGCCGCCGCGGAUUCGGGUCUUUUUUGCGGAGGCAACGAGCCGCAGCACCAUUCAGCUCACGCUCCAGAUUGAUGAAGGCGCCAAAGUGUGGUGUGCGGCCUGGGAAGCAGAGCCUACAGGCUUUGCGACCAACUUCGAAGGAUUGAUCAAGGCCGAGUCCGCCAACUGCACUGAGAGCCAUCCGCCCCAGAGAGAGUGCGGCACCUUCUGGGUCUAUGACCUGGAUGACUUGGAGGACACUCCCUUGGAUGGGGUGGCCACUGCGGCCGACUAUACUAUCGCGUAUCAGUUUAGCAAGGAUGUGCAGAUCACCCUCUCGGGCCUCAAGGAGAACACCACCUAUGGCUACAUCUACUGCUUUGCAGAAGACGAUGAGGUUGAUGGAAUGGGCUCUUUGCCCAACAAGAUGUACUAUGAUUCAACAUCUGCGCCAGCUGGAUUGUCUAGCGACAGUCUUUUGGUUACGGUCAAAGACGCAGUCGGUCCGGUCACCACGCUCGAUGAAUCUCCACCUGUAUUCACUGAGCUCUCCUUUCUGGAUCCAGCAGAUGGCGUCAUCACUGCAACCUUUGCCUUGAAUGAGCCUGGAACUGCCUACUGUCGAGCCACGAGGUCAGACUCCGGGGAGACGGCCGAAGACAUGCACAUCAAUCGCAUUUUGGCCGCGGGGUGGUCGGCAGUGUACUCUGACAGCCCCGCCACCAUUUCGAUGACGCACAUUCGUAGCUCUGCUCCCUUGGACUCGCCCCACGUUCCGAUUCUGGGCUCCACUCAGUACGACGUCUACUGCUGGGCCAAGGACAAUGCUGUCAGCACACUGGGCUUUGAACGGCCAAACUACAUGAUGCAGGAGUAUGUCAGCACUGCAGUCGGAGUUCCUUCUUUGCCUAUGGGUGGAGCAACAGCAGGGGUGUGGGUGGCAGAUGUCAUUCCUCCUACCAUCAUUUUUGUGGCAUCCGAAGCUGUUUCGAGCAAUACUAUUCAAGUCACCCUGCAAUUGGAUGAGCCUGGAACCAUAUGGUGCGCUGCUGCUGAGACUGAUUCAUCAGCUGACAUCAACUGCAGGGAGAGUGACAUGCAGGAUAGCCAAGCCGACCAAGAUUGCUACUAUGAGACUCAUGUCAAGGGCACUGAUCUGGCGAUGGUGCACACAGCAUUCAGAGACGUCGACAUUGAAAUCAGCAGGAUCUGGGCUCGCAAUCGGACCAGCAGCAGCUCCUUGCUGCCAGAAACGACUUAUUAUAUCUUUUGUUUUGCUGAAGAUGACUGGGUAUUGCAAAGCGCUGGGGCAUCUGUAAGCCCGAACUUUGUUGCGCCCAGCAGACCAAACAAGUCGCCUUUCCCGCAAAUCCAGGCACUAGUUGCGGAGAUCGGUGCCAGGACCACCUUGGAUGAAGCUCCGCCAAGCUUCACCAAGCUGGCCAUCCAGAAUCCUACAGCAGCCAACGACCGCAUCGUGAUCACUUUUGCACUCAAUGAGCCAGGGACCGCAUACUGCCGCGCACGGCGAGUCGACGCGGGGACCUCCAGCAUGAAGAUUCCCGACAUUCUGGCAGCGGGCUGGUGGGCUUCUUUCUCUGGCACCGAAGAGACCAUUGUGAUGACACAGAUUUCUCGGCCGGACCCUGCAAUCGGUGCGCUGGACAGUGAGACUAUGGCUUUUGAUGAGCAGUAUCAGUAUGACGUCUUCUGCUGGGCGCAUGAUCAUGCGCUGGACGGUCGUGGUUUCUCGCGGCGAAAUGGGCAGACCGAGUUCUAUGUCAAUACGGAUGUGGGCCAGGAGCAGCUCGCCAACGGCACCCUGCCUGGAAGCAAAACAUCAGGAGUGUGGAUUGUGGACUCCACACCACCCGACCUCAUGUUGGUUCAAGCAGAAGCAUUGGGUGGCGCGACUUUGCAGGUGCGAUUGCAGCUGGAUGAGCCUGGAACUGUUUGGUGUGCUGCCACGGACGUCGACUCUGGCGCCAGCAGCUUUUGCAGAGCCGGGGACCUGCAAGGCGCCUCCCCCGCCUUCCCCUGCUACUUUGAGGACUACAUCAAAGGCAACCAAAGCGGUGCAGCCUUCGAGGUCCAUGUUCCAGAGGCUUUCGCCGAUGUGGAUGUUGAGAUCAACAGAAUCGUGUACAGGGAUAUGUCUGCUAGCUCAUCUCUUCUUGGCGAAACUCCUUACCAGAUCUUCUGCUUCGCAGAAGAUGACUGGAAGAUCCAGGCAGACAGCGCGAACAAUUCCGCUGGCUACGUUUCUCCAGCAGGACCACAAGGGACUACUUGGCUCUCUGUCCAGGGGUUCUCGUCAAGCAUUGGCAGCUUGACCACCUUGGACGAGGCAUCACCGAUCUUCACCAAUCUGCAAAUCCAAGAUCCCACUGCCAGCGAGGGCGUUCUUAGCAUCACCCUAGCGUUGAACGAGGUUGGAACCGCUUACUGCCGGGCAACACGUAGUGAUUCUGGUGAGACUGCCAGCGACAUGCCGCUCAACAGGGUCCUCACUGCGAAUUGGUACGCUGUGUACGAUGGCAGCAACAAUGUGACCAUCAACAUGAACAACCUAGAGAAUGUGGAUCCGCUUCUCACCAACCGGGAUGAUGAAGUAGCACCUCUUGCCGCCGGGACCCAGUACGAUGUCUUCUGCUGGGCCCAGGAUUCUGCCGUCACAACAGCCGGUUAUGCUCGACCAAACUUCAUGCCAGCUGUGUAUGUGGCUACCCCUGUGACGUCUCCGACUUCACCAACGGGUGGAUACACAAAAGGAGUGUGGAUGGGCGACACCACGCCACCCCAGAUGUUCUUUACAUCCUUUGAUGCACUUUCGGAGGACGCCGUCCUCAUCACCCUGCAGUUGAGCGAGCCGGGAACGGUUUGGUGCGCAGCAACUGUGCCGAACGACGGUUCCGCAGCGUACUGCCGGCCAAGCGACUUGCAAGAUACUGACACUUCGGCGCAGUGCUAUUACGAGGACUACAUUAAAGGCUCAACGGCACAGGGCACAACCUUCGUGGCAGAGGUGCCAAGCGGCUUUGUGGAUGUCUAUGUUGAAGUGAAUCGCAUCGCGCUAGCUGCCGUCGGCGGGUCUGGUGCUGGGGCUGCGCUUCCUGCAGAGACCCAAUUCAUGAUGCUGUGCUUUGCUCAAGACAACUGGGAUCUUCGCAGUCAAGCAGCCUACUCCAGUGGCCAGGGCUCGCCAAACUUUGUGGCACCGCAGCCCAACAAAGUCACCUUGGCACAGGUCCAAGAAUUCCUCGCGGCUGCGGCAGCUGCCGGGGCAUCUGCAACCACGCUAGACCUGACAGCGCCCACCGUGACUGCGCGCACGCUCCACGCGCCGCCGGCGUCAGAGUCAAGCCUCGAAGUGGUCUACACCGUGGAUGAGGCAUCUACGCUUUACUGCCUGGCCCUGGCAAGCGGCGAGGAUACACCUCAUGUCAGCACGGUUUUUGCUGAAGGGCAGUCUCAAAACUGUUCUGCUGCAGCCUUCGUGUCCGGAAUCUGCUCUGGACUAACUUUGGAACUUCCAGGGCUUCUUCGCGGCGCGUCCUACGAAGUGCAUUGCAGCGUGGAGGAUGAUAACAUCUAUCCGCUGGUGCCGAAUCGGAAUAACCUGCCGUUGCUCACGGCGCAAGUGAACGAUUUUACCCCGCCGCAGCUGACUGUGGUGAGAUCCAGCGCAGCCGAACCGGGUACGAUUACUGUGACGUUGCAGAUGGACGAGCCAGGCACGGUUUGGUGCUUCAGCCCAUCAACCAUUGGACAAACAUUGGUUCCCAGCUGGGUACUCACACAUGGCUACACCACUGAAACAGUGAUAUCAGAAGCAAGCCUGAACACAGAUUUUGAGGUGGUGGUCGCUCUGCGUGGAACAAGUGAGCUGCCGCUCAUCACCGAGACACCCUAUGAGACUUAUUGCGCCGCUCGCGAUACAGCAACAAAUCCAAGUUGCACCGAUCCCGCUUGUCCCGCAGUUCCAAACUUGAACACGCUGGUGGAGAUGCAGACCGUCAGGGACGCAAUUGGGCAGGUGAUCACUCGUGAUGUGGAUCCGCCCACUUUCGCCAUUCUUGGUGCUCGCGGGGUGAGUGAGAAUCAGCUGGUGGUGACCUUGCAGCUGAACGAGCCUGGAACGUCCUACUGCCGGGCUACUCGCACUGAUUCUGGAUCAACAAGAAUGCACGUCUCGCACAUCGUGCAAGCGGGGUACUCUGCUGGCAGUGAUGCAGUUGGAACCUCGAUCAUUGAGAUCGAUAAGUUGGCAAAUCGUGCCGAUGAAGAUGUCUUGAUCAAAGGGACUGCCUACAAUAUCUACUGCUGGGCCAAGGACAACGCACAGAUCCACUCAUGCCGACCAGUCGGUGGUGCUGCAGCUUGCAGCUUUGAGGAUGCUCCAAAUUAUAUGGUUCAAAGCUACGUUGAGACUCGGUUCUCCCAGCUGGUGCACUCACCAGAUCUGGCCGAUGCUUCUGGGGGUUUGGUGGACAUGGUGCGGACCUGGGAUUCGACUCCGCCGGUCCUUGCGGUCAUUGAUGCAGAGUCCCGCACGGAGGACUCCAUCACGGUGACCCUCCAGCUCGACGAGCCCGGCACGGCGUACUGUCGCGCUUUCCAGAGCACUGUGGACAACGCAACUUUUGCAGACGUCAUGUCAGCACCAGGGGGUCCUUUCAGCUUCGACCUUCCUUCCGACUCAGCUCUGAGAAGCUUCUCUGCUUCUGCAUACAGAAACUUUGAGAUCACCGUCUCGGGUCUCUCACGCGAGGUCUUGUACUACGUGUAUUGCACAGCAGAAGACGACGAGCUUUUGGACGGUUGUUUCCAGCGCAAUGCGACGGAAAGCCCCUCUUGUGACAACAAUCAGGCGGAUGCAGUGCUCACAGAAACAGCUGGUCGGUACACCCUGGACCUGACGCCUCCCAGUAUCACGGUCACAGAUGCAGUUUCCUACACACAGGAUUCCGUGACCGUCACUGUGUUGAUGAGUGAGGCUGGAACUGUGUGGUGUUCAGCAGUUCUGGACCUGCAACCUCCACCGAGUACGAAUGAAGUCGUUGCAGCGGGAUUUGUAGCUCACGCACUGAAUGCUGGCAUUGUCAGUGUGGUUGUUCAAGGAUUGAUUCGGGACACUGAGUACGACAUGUAUUGUUUUGCCCAAGAUGAUGGUACCAUGUCUGCGGCAAACAGCAGCUUAGAAGUGCGGCUGUCCAAGAAAAAUGCGAUCGGGUACACAGAAAUGGUGGCCACGAAGAUGGAUGCGCAUGUCAUCUACGAUUCCACUCCUCCGCAACUGCUGAGCACUGAUCCUGUUCACAAUGCCCCAGUUGUCAGCUUGGUGAACAUCACCUUGACCUUUGAUGAAGACAUCCAGGCUGGCAACGGCACCGUUGAGCUGCGUGCAACUGGCGAAACUGUCUCGAUUGCCGCAACGGAUUUGAUCAUUUGGAACGCCGCAGCAACCAUCACUGGCUCGCUUCAUGGCGGACUGACUACGGGCAAGACGUGGCGCAUUGUUGUGCUGGCUGGCGCCAUCCAGGACAUUUCAGGAAAUCCCUUUGAAGGCAUUGCAGACGGAUCAUACACACUCCAAGCAUGACCCAGGAAACAUGGUAGAAGCAUACAGAAGUGGCAGGACGAGGCCAACAAGAAGGAUCUUUCCAAUGCGCCGUUCUGUAUCGAAGGGCAAGAGUGUGGGUCUUGCUGCUGAGCUCAGAAGGAUCAACACGCGCAUGGCAGCGACAUAUCCAAGACUGCGUGA